AUGGAGCGACCCCUCCUAGGCUUGGAUUUGCCAGAGCCGAGCAGGGAGGGCUGGGGAGGGCAAGGCAGCCUGGAGACCCCCCCUUCGAGGAGUCGCCGCCCGUCUCUCUUGACGGCCGAUGAAAACAACAACCGGGGAGGCGAGAGGAAAAGAUCGCGCGGGGCGCCGGAAGGAUCGCGCCCUCCUCGGACCGACGCCCCCCCUCCCGGCCCGGGAACCCGGAAGCGCCCGCCCGUCCGACCGACGAGAGGCCACGGGCUCUCCGAUUAUUACGUUUAUGCAAAUCAAGGCUCCCUCGGCGAUUGGCCGGCGGUCUCGCGGCUUCACACACGUGGCUCCUUCUGCCCCCGACACAACAACAGAACGUUCUGGGAGCCCACUGGCCCCGGCGCCUGUCACUCUGCUUUCCGCCCCGCCCCAGCGCCCAGCGUCCCUUCGUUUCCUUCAUUUCCGCGGCGCAUGCCCGGGAAGUGUGGCUCCAUUGGAGGAGCAUCCCGCUGGUCUCGCCCCUGUGGGGCCCCUCCUCGUUCCGUGAUAGGCUGGGACGGCAGAGGGGCGGAGCUUCUCCGGCUCCUCGAAGGGCCCGCGUCUUCCUCGGCGCCCGCAUCGCCGCCUCGAAGCAGCAGCAGCAGCUUCCUGGAGCGGCGGGACCGGCUUUGUCGCCUCUCGGGGGGCCGCCCCUCUCAAUGCCUGCCUGUGUGUGUGUGUGGUGUGUGUCUCUUGCAGCAACUGGAGCUCAUCACCCCGUUCCAGCUGUACUUCAACCCGGACCUCAUUUUCCGAAAGUUCCAGCUCUGGAGGCUGGUGACCAACUUCCUGUUCUUUGGCCCCCUGGGAUUCAGCUUCUUCUUCAACAUGAUCUUCCUGUACCGCUACUGCCGGAUGCUUGAGGAAGGUUCUUUCCGAGGAAGGACGGCUGACUUCAUCUUCAUGUUCCUGUUUGGAGGGUUUCUCAUGACUCUCUUUGGCCUCUUUGCCAGCCUCUUCUUCCUGGGUCAGGCCUUCACCAUCAUGCUCGUCUACGUGUGGAGCCGGAGGAACCCCUACGUCCGUAUGAACUUCUUUGGGCUGCUGAAUUUCCAGGCCCCUUUCCUGCCCUGGGUCCUGAUGGGGUUUUCACUUCUUUUGGGCAACUCCAUCAUCAUUGACCUGCUAGGAAUCGCUGUGGGCCAUGUGUACUACUUCCUGGAGGACGUCUUCCCCAACCAGCCUGGAGGGAAAAAAUUGCUCCUAACUCCAGGAUUCCUGAAGCUUGUCUUUGACCCUCCUGAGGAGGAUCCCAACUACCAACCGCUGCCUGAGGACGACCUGACAGCUGCCGGCAACCAGAACCAGCCCCAGGAGCCCCGGUAACCCUUUGCUUGCCGGCCGGCCGGCCGGAGGCAUGUUCUGGAACAUGGCACAGAUGCUCCUCCCAGGAGCCCCCGGACUACAAUUCUUCAGCCUCCUCCAUCCCUCUUGCUGGCAGUGCUGUCGGCUGGCAGAGCAGAGGGAAGGCACCCUCUCUUCCCACGGCUGAUGCAGAAGAAAACUGGGAGACGCCUCCUCCCCUUUCCCUCCUCCGGCCAGACUGCUGGCAGAACAUGGCUGCAGACUCUGAGCAUCCCGGAAGGGAGAGAAAGACUUGUACACCAUCAGUGUUACUUUUAAGCAGUCUGUGGGUGGUGGAGAAAAUAAAACUGGAAACGGUGCCACCAGGCUGAACGUGGGCACAACCCAGCCGAGAAGGACUGGGGGCCACCAUUUGUUUUGCCAGGUGCCUGAGCUCAGAUGGGCCAAUUUUAUAUACCCAGCGAUGGGCUGGCAAGGCGUUGCUCAUGUCCUUGUCCUAGGUAUGGAUCACCUCUCUGCCUCAUCCCUUGCACCAGAAUUUGCCUGUUGGUUUCAAGUUGUGUAAAUAUAUAUAUAUUUACUGUAUAUAUAUAUUAAAAUGGGAAACCACACAGAAUAGGCAUUUUGCAGCCCCUGCCUAUGAAA